GCAGACGCACACAGUUCGUCCCGUGGUCCCAAUCUCCUCCAUACUCACUUUCCAUGGUGUUCCACCUGUUUUUCUGUUAAAUUUGGAACCUUCUGAGAAGCAUAGGACUUUAAUUCUGGUCAGUGUCAGGAGGCAAGCCACCUAUGGCCUAUGUUUGAAAGAACCACUUGCCGCUUCACCAUUUUCUCAUAUCUGUACGAGAAGCAGUUAAGGGAAGUAGGCCUUUCUGUAACGGUUCUUACCUCAGUUGAUUGCUCGGUGUUCGGAGAAGGGAGGAGGGAGGUGACCGACCGUCUUUUAGGCAGUGUUUAUCUCCUUGGCUGGCUGGUUUCCUUAAUUUUCCUUAAUCCCAUCCUACGUACUCAAGUUUUCCUUGCCUUGAGGUUAGACCACACACUGUCCGCCCCUGCCUAUUGCACCCAAUCAUCUCCCCCAGGCUACAAAUUGAGCGAGGAAGGAAAUGGCAGGGACCGUUAACGGCUUGGGGGCAAAGGGAUGCGGGGCAGAGAAAGGGACCUUCCUGCGAGGGCUCCUCGCCGGAGCAAUCUCCUCUGCGCCCGCCAGAAGGCGCCGCGGCGCUCGCCUUCCCCGCGCAAGCCGGAGCCUCUGCCGCAUCCACCCCGGGAGCGGCGCUGCGGUGUGCGAGCCGGGCGGGGGCUGCUACGAGGGCGACUCGGUGCCAGGGCUCCCCGGCUUUGUUGCUGGGGCUGGGGCGCGGCGGAUCUACGAUCCAGUUCUCCCAGGCAGGAAACGUCCCGAACCGCCCCCACGCCGCGGUCUACAAAGCCCCGGAGUCCGCAGGCGGUAGGAGUCGGAUCCCCCACACUGUCAGGCUCCCGCAUCAGGCCGUCCCCGGCCUCAUGAGGACCCCCCGGCCGGGGCGGAGAGCCGGGCGCCGCCCGGACCGCGAUCUAGCCGCAGCCUUAGAGCGUUAGCCAGGAUGCGGCUGGGCCGCCGGGGUCUCUAUGCGCUAGUUCUGCUGCUCGCCUGCGCCUCGCUGGGGCUCCUGUACGCCAGCACCCGAGACGCGCCCAGGCUCCCGAACCGUCUGGCGUUGUGGUCGCCCCCACAAGGUCCCCCGAAGCUCGAUCUGCUAGACCUUGCCCCUGAGCCCCGCUACGCACACAUCCCGGUCAGGAUCAAGGAGCAAGUAGUGGAGCUGCUGACUCCGUAUAACUGCAGUUGUGAACCGAGGGGAGGGAGCUUUGCCUUCCCGUUCCAGAGACAGGCUCGAGUCAUUGACCUCACUAAAGCCUUUAACGAUGAGGAGCUGAAGACUGUUUCUGUCGCCAGGGAGCUGGAAUACCAGGCCUUCCUUGCAAGAAGCCAGUCCCUGACUGACCAACUACUCAUAGCCCCAGCCAACUCCCCCUUACAGUAUCCCCUGCAGGGCGUGGAGGUUCAGCCUCUCCGGAGCAUCCUGGUGCCAGGGCUAAGUCUGCAGGAAGCUGCUGCCCAGGAGGUGUAUCAGGUGAACCUGAUUGCUUCCCUAGGCACCUGGGAUGUGGCAGGGGACGUGGAAGGCGUGACUCUCACUGGAGAGGGACAGCCGAAUCUCACCCUUGCCAGCCCAGGCCUGGAUAGACUCAACCGGCAGCUACAACUGGUCACUUACAGCAGUCGAAGCCACCAGGCCAACACAGCAGACACAGUCCGGUUCUCCACCAAGGGACAUGAAGCUGCCUUCACCAUCCGCAUAAGAUAUCCUCCCCAACCCCGGCUGUACCCACCUUCAUCUGUACCCCAGGGAGCCCAGUACAACAUCAGUGCUCUGGUUACCAUCGCCACCAAGACCUUUCUUCGUUAUGAGCGUCUACGGACACUCAUUGCCAGCAUCCGACGCUUUUACCCCACCGUCACCAUAAUCAUCGCUGAUGACAGCGACAAACCGGAGCGCAUUAGCGACCCCCACGUGGAGCACUAUUUCAUGCCUUUCGGCAAGGGCUGGUUCGCAGGUCGGAACCUGGCGGUAUCCCAAGUAACCACCAAAUACGUGCUGUGGGUGGACGACGACUUUGUCUUCACGGCGCGCACGCGGCUGGAGAAGCUUGUGAACGUGCUGGAGAGAACGCCCCUGGACCUGGUUGGGGGCGCCGUGCGGGAGAUCUCGGGUUUCUCUACCACCUACCGGCAGCUGCUGACUGUGGAGCCGGGCGCCCCAGGCCUUGGGGACUGCCUUCGGCAUAAACGUGGUUUCCACCACGAGCUCCUUGGCUUCCCAAACUGCGUGGUCACCGACGGCGUGGUCAACUUCUUCCUGGCGCGCACAGACAAAGUGCGCGAGGUGGGCUUUGACCCGCGCCUCAACCGGGUGGCACAUCUGGAAUUCUUCCUGGACGGACUUGGUUCCCUUCGUGUUGGCUCCUGCUCUGAUAUUGUCGUGGAUCACGCCUCGAAGGUGAAACUGCCGUGGGUGUCGAAGGAUGCGCAGGCAGACACUUAUGCCCGCUACCGUUACCCGGGAUCGCUGGACCAGAGUCAGGUGGCCAAACAUCGUCUGCUCUUCUUCAAGCACAGGCUACAGUGCAUGACCGCUGAGUGACAGCUGAUUGGGCCUUCCCACUGUCAGGCUGGGCCUGCCUCCUGGUCCCUGCCAGGAAUUCCCAACAACCCCUCCAACUCCUGACCCCUGACCCCCUGUCCAUCAACCUGAUCCCUAACAGGGGCUUGUCCUGGUGACAACCCUUCCUUUCUGUGAGUGACCAGAGGCCUGAUGGAGCCAUAACCUUUCCCACAGCCAGUGCCAAGUCCUCCCCCAACCCCAUUCCUAUGGGGCAGGAAAUGGGGGGAUUCACUUUCCAAGUGCCAAAGAGCCCAGAAGGACUCUGAGACCCUCAAGUGGAAACAACUCUCGCCUCCUGAGGGGGCAGGGAAACUCCCAAUGUGCAACCCCAGAGACACGCACCCCCACCCCAGCUCUGGAUCCAACACCGUGUGUCCCAGCUUCAACAUACCCCACAGGGAGCACUGUGACUGUUGUGUGGAGCUGGAGAACACAUAGUGAACGCCAUUUUCCUUGUCUCUGUAGUACUUUGGGCGUGGGGGGGCUUGGGAG